AUGGCGAAGCUUUUAAGAUUAGCUAUUGUCACUCUAUUCCUUGGCAUUGUAUUCAGUAAGGAUUCCAUUCCUUUCCCAGGUAAUUAUGGAUAUCUUGCAAUUUAACUUCACGGAGCCUUUUUCUCCGCGGAACCCACGAAUUUCCGACUCUGAACUCGGCCUUAUGUUCGGUUUCAUAAACACAACAAGCGUGAGUUUUCAGCUGUCGAGAAAGCGUUCAAAACGAUUCCAAAAGAGUCGUUCUGGGGUCAUUUUGCCGCUCUCAAAGGCCAUUAUGACCCUUUUUAAUAGACCUUUCCCCUUUUAAGUGAAAUUUUGAUCUACAUGCAGGGUGUCCCCCAAAAAACGAAAACUAUUGAAAUCACUUAUUGUUAAAUUUGAAUGCCCUACCAAACAGCUGGACGUAAUGAUGCGUAAAAUAUUGACAAGGUGCAUGUAUUAGAAUUUAGUUAGGAAUAUCUCCUGAUAAAGUGCGCGAUUUUCUGCUCCUGGGAAUUAAAAACAACUUCUUAAACAGUUUCUUUAUGCAUAAAAUUUACUUAUGUCAAUCAUUUAUGCACUCGUGGGAACCAACAGAGCGCUAAGGCAUUCAAAUUCUAAUAAUUAAAUUGUUAUUGGUGAUUUCAAUAGUUUUCUUUUUUUUUGGGACACCUUGUAAACUAGCCUGGACAAAAAUUUCAUUACAGCUUGAAAGAGUAUCACCAAAUUAGUAAUAUUCCGAAGUUUCGUUGCGAAAUGUUGUAAAAUGCGGCCGACAUAAUCGAAUUUAUAACGGUAGAAUCUAUUAAAAAAGUGGAAAGAAUCGUGUUCAAAAUUUCUAGACAACACUUUUCUUCUAGGCGGUGAUGUAAAGUUUCACAAAUGGUUAAAUGAAAUAUACAUCAAAUCCCAAAUCUCCCCAGCAACCAUGAAGCGGGUGACAGACUACGUAACAAAGCAGAUCAAGUUAAUAACAGAUGAAGUAAAAAAGCUUGACAACUGUUUUGAUUUUGUUCAACUGCGUGGCUCGGCUGCAGAAGAUCUAAAGAUUCUCCAACCGGAUGAAUUUGAUUUUGUCCUUUACAACGAAAAAUGGACGAAGAUUAUCGACUACAACGAAGAUAAGAAGACGCCUGGGUUUGCGUUCGCGAUUGAGGAGAGAACAACUUGCCUUGAUAAGUACGUUAACACAAGUGAAGUAUUUAUUAGUGGUAUUUAA